UCCACAGAGCAGCAGGAAAUUCAUUGUAGCUUCAGUGCGUCCUCAAAAUGUCAUGUGAAUUACUGACGCAAACACCAAUUUUACCUCUUAGAAGGAAAGAUCCAAUCUAAGCAGUGAGACGAGGGAUGAAAAGAAAAACAGUACCCUGAGCAGAAACCCCAGAGAAGCCCUCUGGGGGUGGAACAGAUAAAGAAACUCCUGGGCUUUCACUCUCUGGAAAAACAACAGAUUAUGCCUUUGAGAUGGCUGUUUCAAAUAUUAGAUAUGGAGCAGGAGUUACAAAGGAAGUAGGAAUGGACCUACAAAACAUGGGUGCUAAAAAUGUUUGUUUGAUGACAGAUAGGAACCUCUCUCAGCUCCCUCCUGUACAAAUGGCUUUGGAUUCCCUAGUGAAGAAUGGCAUAAACUUUAAGGUUUAUGAUAAUGUGAGGGUGGAACCAACUGAUAGAAGCUUCAUGGAAGCUAUUGAGUUUGCCAAAAAGGGAGCUUUUGAUGCCUACGUGGCUGUGGGUGGUGGCUCCACCAUAGACACUUGCAAAGCCGCUAAUCUGUAUGCAUCUAGCCCUCACUCUGAUUUCCUAGAUUAUGUCAGUGUCCCCAUUGGGAAGGGAAAGCCUGUGUCUGUGCCUCUGAAGCCUCUGAUAGCAGUCCCAACUACUUCAGGAACUGGGAGUGAAACUACUGGAGUUGCCAUUUUUGACUAUGAGCCUUUGAAAGUAAAAAUUGGCAUUGGUUCCCGAGCCAUCAAACCCACACUGGGACUGAUUGACCCUCUGCACACCCGACAUAUGCCUGACCGGGUGGUCGCCAACAGUGGCUUCGAUGUGCUUUGCCAUGCCCUGGAGUCUUACACUGCCCUUCCCUACCACAUGCGGAGCCCCUGCCCUUCAAAUCCCAUCUCUCGGCCAGCCUACCAGGGCAGCAACCCAAUCAGUGACAUUUGGGCAGUCCACGCGCUUCGGAUCGUCGCUAAGUACCUAAAGAGGGCUGUCAGAAAUCCUGAUGAUCUCGAAGCAAGGUCCAAUAUGCACUUGGCAAGCGCUUUUGCUGGCAUUGGCUUUGGAAAUGCUGGUGUUCAUCUGUGCCACGGAAUGUCUUACCCAAUUUCAGGCUUAGUGAAGACAUAUAAAGCAAAGGAUUAUAAUGUGGAUCAUCCAUUGGUGCCUCAUGGGCUUUCUGUGGUGCUCACCUCCCCAGCAGUGUUCACGUUCACGGCACAGAUGUUUCCUGAGAGGCACCUGGAGACAGCAGAAAUAUUGGGAGCCGACACCCGCACUGCCCGGAUUGCAGAUGCUGGGCCUGUUUUGGCAGACGCACUCCGGAAACUCUUACUUGAUCUGGACGUUGAUGAUGGCCUCGCUGCCAUUGGUUACUCCAAGGCCGACAUCCCCGCAUUAGUGAAAGGAACGCUGCCCCAGGAAAGGGUCACCAAGCUCUCACCACGCCCUCAGUCCGAAGAGGAUCUGUCUGCUCUAUUUGAGGCUUCAAUGAAACUGUAUUAAUUUUCAUUUUCACUGAAAACAUUACCAUUGGCUAUCAUAGUUCUGAAAUCAGAAGUUGAUCUGGCCAGAGCUCUCUCUUUUCAUUUCCACACAUAACCUAUCUGUUACCAGUUUGAAUGGGAUAUAAAUGUAUCCUGCAGAAGAUUCCAUCAUGCUUCAAGUCAGGCUACUUCCAUAAUACAGAUUAGACAGAUGCCCACAGUGUUGGACCCUGGUUUGUGUUUCUACCUUAAACCCUGCUGACGGCUCCUGCUUCGUGUAUCAAUUAGGUAAAAACUCAUUAUCUAUCAGAAAUGUUAAUGUACGUAUCCUAUGCCCAGUAAUCCAUGUCUAGAAAUUUAUACUAUAAAAGCAUGAGUGUGUAAAGAUAUACAGCAGAGAUGUUUCUGGUAGCAUUUUUUUCUAAUAAAAAAUUUGU